GUGAAGGACAAAUGAGUAAAGAAAAAAACCCAAAAGCUCGCCCUCUCGGUGAGUUACCUUAACAGUCUGUUUCUCACAUUUCUACCUUCCAUAUAAAGCAUGAGAAGUUUACUCACUGCUUCUCAAAUUCUAACAAAAUCAUCAUCCACACUCUUUCUUAAUCCGACUACAGCAACAAUCUCUCACUCUCAACAACACCAAUUUACUUGUUCUUUUUUCAAAUUUUCUCCUUUCUCUAACUUUAACUACCGAACAUACGCGAUCAUGGCUGCCUCUGCGACCGAAGAGUUUGUCAAAGGAAAUGUACAUCCAAACGGCGUCGCUGUCAUCACUCUCGAUCGUCCCAAAGCUCUCAACGCCAUGAAUCUAGAUAUGGACAUAAAAUACAAGAAUUUUCUUGAUGAAUGGGAAUCAGACCCAAGGGUCAAAUGUGUGCUAGUGGAAGGCAGCUCACCUCGUGCCUUUUGUGCAGGGAUGGAUAUCAAGGGGGUUGCUGCUGAAAUUCAACGAGACAAAAACACACCUCUUGUGCAAAAGGUAUUUACUGCAGAGUAUUCUCUGAUAUGCAAAAUUUCUGAGUAUAAGAAACCAUAUUUGAGCUUAAUGGAUGGCAUAACAAUGGGUUUUGGAAUUGGUCUGUCUGGUCAUGGUCGAUACAGAAUCGUAACAGAGAGGACUGUCCUAGCCAUGCCAGAAAAUGGAAUAGGCUUAUUCCCAGAUGUUGGAUUUUCAUAUAUUGCAGCAAAAAGUCCGGGAGGAGGAUCUGUUGGUGCUUAUCUUGGACUGACUGGAAAAAGGAUUUCCACGCCUUCUGAUGCAUUGUUCAUAGGACUUGGAACGCAUUAUGUCCCAUCUGGGAAUUUAGGUCCACUGAAGGAGGCCCUUUUGGCAGUUACCUUUUCCGAGGAUCCAGAUCAGGAUAUCAAAGCACUUCUGGCAAAAUACAACAGUGAUCCUGAGAGUGAGGCUCAAUUGAAGUUGCUUUUACCGCAAAUAAUUUCAUCCUUUGGAUCAGCAAAGUCAGUUAAGGAGAUAAUUGAAGAGCUAAAAAAAUAUCAGUCAAGUAGUGAGGCUUCAGUGGUACACUGGGCUAAUGAGGCUCUUCAGGGUCUUGGAAAAGGUGCUCCAUUUUCUCUUUCUUUAACACACAAGUAUUUCUCCAAAGUUGCAUCAGCAUAUGGAAAAGCUGACAAUGAAUUAUCGAAGCUAAGUGGUGUGAUGAAAACUGAAUAUCGAAUUGCUUUAAGAUCUUCUCUACGAGGUGAUUUUGCUGAAGGUGUCCGAGCAGUCUUAGUGGACAAGGAUCAGAAUCCGAAGUGGAAACCAUCGAGCUUGGAGGAAGUUGACCAAAGUGAAGUGGAAGCUGUAUUUGGACCACUGGGCCCAGAAGUUGAGGAAUUGAAAGUUUGACUCUCUGAGAUGGAAUCGACCUACUUUUCUUUACUUCGGGAAAUAAGCGGAGGAUGGAUACUGUUCCAAUAUAAUUUACAUCAGAAAAUGAACGAGCUGAGUAUUAUGAAUAUUCUAGAUGAUAAUUGAUUACUCUGAAUUUGGAAUCAUAUGUUUCUCAGAGACACUACUAUAGUUAUGUUACUAAAUAAAAGCCAAAAUAUGGUGGCGAAUUGUACAAUGGGAAA